AUGGUCCAACUCUCACAUCUAUACAUGACUACUGGAAAAACCAUAGCUUUGACUAUAGGGGCCUGUGUCCACAAAGUGACGUCUCUGCUUCUUAAUACAUUGUCUAGGUUUGUCAUCACUUCCCUUCCAAGAAGCAAAUGUUUAAUUUCAUGGCUGCAGUCACAAUCCACAGUGAUUUUGGAGCCCCAAGAUAAUAAAAUUUGUCACUGCUUCCAGUUUUUGCCCUUCUAUUUGCCACGAAGUGAUGGGACUGGAUGCCAUGAUCUUAGUUUUGUUAAUGUUGAGUUUCAAGCCAGUUUUUUCACUCUCCUCUUUCACCCUCAUCAAGAUGAUCUUAGUUCCUCUUUUCUUUCUGCCUUUAGAGUGGUAUCAUCUGCAUAUCAGUGGUUGUUAAUAUUUCUCCUGGAAAUCUUGAUUCCAGCUUGUGAUUCCUCCAGCCUGGCAUUUCACAUGAUACACUCCCCAUAUAAGUUAAAUAAGCAGGGUGACAAUAUACAACCUUGA